CCCCACACUUUCUAAUGCAUCGUGGCAUAAUCUAAUUGGUGACGGACUAAUUCGCCGCCGCCGUCCUACAUACACACUCAAGAAGACACCUCCUCCAACUUCCUCCCCGUUGCGGCAGUCGGUCGGCUUCCCAAUCCCUUUCUCGGGUUUAAUUGGGAACUGGUUAAGUCCGAAAUAUCAGAGCAUCCAGCCUGCCCAUAAUGGCAACAGGGCAGUCACCAUCCUUGGAAAUCUUUGUGAGAGAACCAGAUGGUUUUGUUAUUUGGAAUGGACCCCCUUUUGCAGAUGGUCAACCCAGUGUCAAGCUCGAUAAAGUCCAGUGCUCCAGUGCAAAAUUCAGUGAAGAUGGAUUGAAACUCAUGGUUAUGAAGUCUGACUCACAAAUUAACAUUUACGAUUGCAAAACGUGGAGAGAGAUUAGGUCUUUUCAAGUUCCAAAUGUUCUUGCAGCCACCAUGUCCCCAUGUGGUACUUAUCUUCAGACUUUUCAGAAAUCAACAUCACCACAGGAUAAAAAUGUGGUCUUGUGGAGGAUAGACCAUGGUGAUUCUGUUCAUCAUCUGUCGCAGAAGAAUAUGACCAAAGCAACAUGGCCUUCAAUAAAAUUCAGCCUUGAUGAAGCUAUUGCAUGUCGUCUUGCAACCAAUGAAGUUCAAUUUUUUGAUCCUGAGGACUUCUCUAAAGGUAUAGUCCAUCGGCUUAGAGUUCCAGGAAUGGCUGCCGUAGAGCUUUCGAAGACACCUGGAGCAUAUGUGGCAGCAUUUGUUCCAGAAUCAAAGGGAAUGCCAGCUAGCGUUCAAAUAUUUGCUACUGGAAAAGAUGUGCAGAGCCCUGUUGCUCGACGAAGUUUCUUCCGUUGUUCAACCGUGCAACUGAAUUGGAACUCUGGUUCUACAGGGUUACUUGUCCUGGUACAGUCAGAUGUUGACAAGACAAACCAGAGUUACUAUGGAGAGUCAAAGUUAAACUACUUGACUACGGAUGGAACCCAUGAAGGACUUGUCCCCCUGCGUAAAGAAGGCCCUGUACAUGAUGUUCAGUGGUCAUGUUCGGGCAAAGAAUUUGCUGUUGUUUAUGGAUUUAUGCCUGCGAUGGCGACGGUCUUUGACAAGAAGUGCAAUCCUCUUCUUGAGCUUGGAAGUGGCCCUUAUAAUACUAUUCGCUGGAAUCCUAAAGGAAAGUUUUUAUGCUUGGCAGGGUUUGGAAACUUGCCUGGAGACAUGGCAUUCUGGGAUUAUGUGGAAAAGAAGCAGCUUGGAACCACAAAAGCCGAAUGUUCUGUGACAAGUGAAUGGUCUCCAGAUGGCCAAUAUUUUAUGACUGCUACCACAGCUCCAAGGCUACAAGUUGACAAUGGGAUAAAAAUCUUUCACCACAAUGGAUCUUUGUAUUUCAAAGAGAUGUUUGACAAAUUGUAUCAGGCUGACUGGAAACCAGAAUCACCAGAUAGGUUUGGUGAAAUUGCAGAACUGGGCAAGUCCGUGGAAUCCUUGAAAAUUGAUGGAACAAAACCACAAGGACAAGGGUCAAAAUCCUCCCAGGUUUCCUCAAAACCAGCCAAUGCUCCUGCACAGAAACCUGCUGCUUAUCGACCACCUCAUGCUAAAGCUGCUGCAGCUGUUCAGGCACAGCUAUUUGGUGGAAGCUCUUCAGGAGAAUUGAGCAGGAAUGCAUUAAAGAACAAGAAAAAAAGGGAGAAACAAAGGGAGAAAAAAGCUGCUGAGGCUGGUGGUGGUGCUAGUGAUGCAUGAGGUGCAGGACUAGGAUGUGUUUGAUGAUCAUGAUGAUUUUUGGGCAUUUGCUGAUUGUUUCAAGAAAUAUGAUGUGGAACUGUACAACCUUUCAAGUAUUCCCAGAGAGGAAUGCACUGUAAUAUUACUCGUCUUUUUAGGGGGUUUUAACCCCAUAUUAACAAUUUUGUAGUGAGAAUAGCACAGAUAUGUAGGUAUGUUGGAGAAGAUUGCAUUUGCUGUGGAGUCCUUUCGGAAGGAAUUUAGGAGAGGUGCAUGCUUUUCUGAUUAAUUAUACUCAUCUUCGUAUGCUACAGGAUUACUCAGCAUUUUGGCGAACUAACAUGUGGUUCCUUUAGUUCAUGAAAUGGUGUAUUUAACCAUAUCUUAAGGUGCACUUUUAUCAGGAUC